AUGCACAUAUCGUUGUGCCAUGGCUCCGUCGUCACAGAAGAGCGAGCGCGAAACCUGACACGCAGGAUAUUGUUAAAGUUGGACCUUCAUAUUCUUCCUCCUUUGGCGUUGUUAUGGCUUGCAAACUUCAUUGACAGAACCAACAUAGGCAAUGCGAGGAUUGCCGGAUUGCAGACAGAUACGCACCUGCAUGGGAAUCAGUUUAAUACGGCACUAGCAGCAUCCAACUGGAUAUUGAAACGCAUGAAGCCCAAUCGCUGGCUUCCAUUUAUUGUCAUGGCCUGGGGCGUAGUGACUACGCUGAGUGGUCUCGUGCAAAGCUUCGGAGGACUCGUCGCUAUUCGGGUAAUGCUUGGUUUUUGUGAGGGUGGUUUACUUCCGGGAAUCAUACUGUAUCUCAGCACCAUCUACAAGAAGCACGAGCUACAACUCAGAGUCGGAAUCUUCUAUGCGUCCGCAUCACUAUCGGGUGCAUUUGGAGGUUUACUGGCUACAGCUAUCAUAAAAAUGGAAGGAGUCGGUGGCCUCGCUGGAUGGCGAUGGAUUUUCAUACUCGAAGGCAUUGCAACAAUUCUUUUCGGAAUCAUUGCCGCUAUCUUCCUUCCUGCUGACAUUCAAUCGAGUAAAUUUCUGACGGCCGAGGAGAAAGCUUUUGCUUUGAGGCGCUUCCGAAGCGGCAACACUGCAGCAUCGCAUAUUCCCUUAUCCGAGGCUGCGCGCAAGAUUCGGGAAGAGAAGGGCGAAAUUGAGCAUAUUGGAAAUCUGAAAACGGGUCGUGCCAGUCAGGAAGAGGUUUACCAAGAGGACGAACAAUUCGAAUGGGGUGAAGUCAUUCGAGGCUUCGCAUAUCUGGGCCUUAUCGUUAGCCUGUAUUCCUACUCCCUAUUCUUACCGACUAUUAUUGCUGGCCUGGGAUUUUCUGGUGGUGCAGCUCAACUGCAUACGCUAUCCUUCUGGACCUUGCAUCCUAUCUAUUCUUCCAAACAACUCGAGUGGACAUUACAAGAAGGCAACAACCACGUGAAUGAUGCGCCUCGGUAUAUUCGUGGACAUUCUAUUGCGCUCGCUUUCGUGUGCUUGGCCUGGAUUUUAAUCGCAGCUAAUGUGGCAUAUUGUCACUGGGAGAAUAAAGCACGGGCAGAGGGAAGACGACAGAAAAGCAUAGAGGAAUAUCAGGAGUUGUGGGAUGCAGGAAAGACUCGUGCUCCGAUUGGUGACCGUAGUCCGGACUUCCGUUUCACUCUGUGA